AGCACAAAGAGGCUCAUCCCCCCACCGAGUAGACCUUUCUCUCGCCGUCUCUCCCUCGCUCUCUUGGAAGGAUGACCAGCAGCUCCUCCCCUUCACGCAAGGCGUUGAGCAAGAUUGCUUGCAAUCGGUUGCAGAAGGAGCUGGUAGAAUGGCAAGUUAACCCUCCCACUGGGUUCAAGCACAAGGUCACCGAUAAUCUACAGAGGUGGGUUAUUGAAGUGGUCGGAGCCCCGGGGACGCUUUAUGCAGGCGAAACCUAUCAGCUGCAAGUCGAUUUCCCUGAGCAUUACCCCAUGGAAGCACCUCAGGUUAUAUUUCUCCAUCCUGCUCCUUUGCAUCCUCACAUUUACAGCAAUGGGCACAUCUGUUUAGAUAUUCUAUAUGAUUCAUGGUCUCCAGCAAUGACUGUAAGUUCAGUGUGUAUCAGCAUUCUUUCCAUGUUGUCAAGCUCUACUGUGAAGCAACGCCCUGCGGAUAAUGACCGCUACGUAAAGAACUGUAGGAAUGGCAGGUCCCCAAAGGAAACAAGAUGGUGGUUCCAUGAUGACAAAGUGUAAUAUAAAGUGUCUGCUUCCAAAAUUUAUUCUGGUCAUGUAGGAAAGAAGUAACAGUACUCCAUCGAUACUCUUAAUAACAUAAGAGUAUCAGCUGAUUCAAGUUAAUGGAGUUUGUGAGCUUUAUGUAAAUUUGCAUACUAUGAUGUUUGUAAAGGAAAGCAGCCAAACAAUGCCAAAUACAUAAGAUGGGGAACCAAUAAAGCCAUGGAAGAACUAAGUGUGAUGAUUCAACUGGAAGGUUAAAGCUUCUUCAGUAACUUGAAAUUUGUGUUUUUUAUUC